CAGAGUGAAUUGAAGAAAGCUCUCUCUCUCUCUCUCUCUCUCUCAUACAUCUGUAAAACAUCAUUCUUUCUUAAACUGAUGUCACGUACGUGAGUCGAGAAGAGGAAGAACAAAGUUUUUCUGCAAGUUUUUUUUUCUCUCCCUCCCACCCCCUUGAAGCUGAGCGAUGUAACUGUUUGCCGGAUGACAAAAAAAAGUUACCAACUUUUGUUUGCGUGUGCGGGGGGAGUGAGAAGAGAAAGUUAACUUUUUUUUCUCUCUCCACAAAAGUCAAAGCUUCUGUGGCUGUGCGUUUUGCUUGGAAAUCUACUCCGGACUGCGUUUGCCUUAAGCUGGAGAGGAAAACAAGGGCGCCGAGGAAGGAACAAGUUGAUAGAAGUUGUGCGUGUGUGUGUGUAUAUAUAUAUAUAUAUAUUAUAUAUAUUAUAUUUUUGUUGCGGGAGGGGAAAAAAUUUAAAUAUUUGAGCCAUGACUUCGAAUUACCCGCAUGUAAUGGACAGGCAAACUGUGUCUGCUGUGCCCAAUCGUUUGGAGAACUCUAUCACGGCCAAUCUCGACAAUUUACAGUCCAAAAAGAAUUUCACAGUCAGUCACCUGCUGGACCUGGAAGAGGUGGGGGACAUGAACCUUCAGCAAGCCGACGAGGGCGUGAGUGAGGCGGGCAGAAAGCUACUCGAGUCCCCGGCGGCGACCAGCGGCAGCGACACUCCCCAACAAGAAAGUGAUAAAAUAAUCACAGAGCAGAAGAAAAAGCGGAAGCAGAGAAGGAACAGAACCACAUUUAACAGCAGUCAACUGCAAGCGCUGGAGAGGGUGUUCGAGAGGACGCAUUAUCCCGACGCCUUCGUAAGAGAGGAUCUCGCCCGCAGAGUGAACCUCACCGAAGCCAGGGUGCAGGUUUGGUUUCAAAACAGAAGGGCGAAAUUCCGGCGGAACGAACGAGCCCUGUUGGCCAGCAAAAACGCCUCCAUCCUCAAAUCAUACAGUGGAGAGGCAGUGGAACAGCCCAUGGCCCCACGCCCAGCGCCCAGGGCACAGGACUACUUGUCUUGGGGAACCUCAUCUCCCUAUGGUGCAAUGGCUGCCUACACCUCCUCAUGUGCCACCACUAACCCAGCCCAAGGAAUGAACAUGGCUAACAGCAUUGCAAACCUUCGUCUCAAGGCCAAAGAGUACAGUUUACAAAGAAAUCAGGUGCCUACGGUGAACUGAGAGCAGCUGACAAGAGGGGGAGGGGGGCUGCUAUGGACAAUAAAAUGACAGGUCCAUACAUUUCCUGAGAGCGACUCCCUGCAGCCGACAAGCCUGAGGAACACAUCCCAAUAAGGAAAAAAAAUAACUUAACGAAAGCAAAAGUCAAGAGGCCAAACAAAAAAACAUGAACACGCACAAAUACUUGAUCUGUAUAGAGCGAGAAUGGUUCAUGUGCUUUCUCCCUGUGGAUGAUUGAGGUACAAAUAUACUGUAGUAAGUAUAUUCCAGUUCUGUCAGUCUCUCUCUUUCUACCCCCUUUCUGCUGAACCUAAGAUUCUGGGACCAACUUUUCAAAUCUAUGCAAGACCAAUGCUGAGAACCUUUGUGUAUGUGUGUAUCUGUUUUUUUUUAAAAAACAAAAGGAUUUGGUCUCCAGGUAAAUGUGUAUUAAAGGUAUAUUGUAAUGUUUCUAUACAGAUUUUACAUUUUGUAUCCACAAGAAGGUUAUUGUUAGCGAUUGCAUUCUUUUUCUAUAGAAGUAAGCUUUGAUGAGGCUUUUGUUUUGUUGUUGAGGACAUUUUUUUGUGAAAUAAGACGACAAAUCUAGUUUUCUAUUCCGUCUCACGCCUGUAACAACUUUACCGAGUCUUUGAAGAAAUGGUUUUGUGUACAAUAAACUAGCAAAACACACAAAAAGACGUGGGUUUAUAUCUGACUAGAAAUACGUAAAUAAAUUAUUAUGAAAAUA